AUGGGAAAACUUUUGUCAAAAAUUUUCGGCAACAAAGAGAUGAGAAUAUUGAUGCUGGGUCUGGAUGCUGCUGGAAAAACAACUAUUUUAUACAAGUUGAAGUUGGGACAAUCAGUGACCACAAUACCCACAGUAGGAUUUAAUGUAGAAACCGUUACAUAUAAAAAUGUUAAAUUUAACGUUUGGGAUGUAGGAGGGCAAGAUAAAAUUCGACCUCUUUGGCGGCAUUACUACACGGGUACUCAAGGUUUGAUAUUUGUUGUUGAUUGUGCCGAUAGAGAUAGAAUCGAUGAAGCAAGACAAGAAUUACAUAGGAUAAUAAAUGAUAGAGAAAUGAGAGAAGCUAUAAUACUUAUAUUUGCCAACAAACAGGAUCUUCCUGAUGCUAUGAAACCGCAUGAAAUACAAGAAAAAUUAGGACUGACUCGAAUAAGAGACAGAAAUUGGUACGUUCAACCAUCUUGUGCUACAACAGGGGAUGGCCUUUACGAGGGUCUAACUUGGUUAACGUCCAAUCACAAGUUAUAA